CUUAAAUUUUGGUUUGAGUCAUUUAAUAAUAUCAAACCAAUAAAAUGGAGAUUUUACUUGUUCAAACAGGAGGUACAAUUGAUAAGUGUUAUCCUAAAAAUAUUGGUGGCUAUGCCUUUGAAUUUGGUAAUAGUUAUGCUAUGGAAAUUUGUAACCAAUACAUAUUGGCAAAUAACUUAAAAAUUCAGCUAAUCAAACCGUUUUUAAAGGACAGUUUAGAAAUUUUAGAUGAGGACAGAUAUGAACUUGCAAAUUUACUGAUUAAUACUCAGCUUGAGAAGAUACUUAUCACUCAUGGAACGGACACAAUGAUUGAAACUGGUCAGUAUUUAAUUAAUUAUAAAGAUCAGCUUCAAAACAAAUGUAUUGUGAUAACAGGUGCUUUUCGACCUGGUGUAUUCAAAAAUACAGAUGCAGACUUCAAUGUGGCAUUUGCGAUUGGUGGGCUAAUGAUGUCAAAGAAACCAGGUAUUUUCAUUGCAAUGCAUGGUCAAUUCUACCCACCAAAUGAAGUUGCUCGCGAUGAAGUGACAGGAAAUUUCAUUCGAAUCGGAAAUAGCAAGUGAAGGAGAGUUGAAAGCAUAAACUAGUAUAUAAUUGCCAUAUUAUGUCUAAAUGUUUACAUAUAAAAUCAGUUAAUUUUAUAUUGCUACUGUUUUCAUAUACAGUAGUGUAGACUGAUUAUGGACGGGAAACAAAUAAUGCAAAAGUUUGGGAAAUCUAAGAAAUAUUCAACGAG